GUUCUGUCUGAAAGAAUCUCACACGGUAAAGUACAAAACCGACGACGGCGACUUUCCCCAUGAUCUGAGUUUCUGAACCAAAGGUCUUCCCCUGAAUUUCACGGGAAUCUCUGAUUGUUUUUCGGGUAAAAUUAUUCGUAUUUUCUCUCUCUCUCUCUCUCCUACAUUGUUUAUCAGAGCCAGAGCUACGUGGCAGCUUGUCGGAAAAUAAAACUUCCGCUGACGGUGACGGUGAAGAAGAAGAAGCAAGUAUAGUUUCUCUUUUGAUCCAACACCGAUCGAAACUCAAAGGUUUCUACUUCACGACACCGUUUCGGAUCUCUGUUUCUGAGAUCCUUCACCGUUACCGCGUAAAUGGAUCCGACUUCUCGACCCGCUGUUGUCAUCGACAACGGAACCGGGUAUACAAAGAUGGGAUUUGCGGGUAACGUAGAACCAUGUUUCAUUCUUCCCACGGUAGUUGCAGCUAACGAGUCUUUCCUGAGCCAACCCAAGAGCUCUUCAAAAGGGUCUUCUUGGGCAGCUCAGCACAACGCUGGAGUCGCGGCCGAUAUGGACUUCUUCAUCGGAGACGAAGCUGUUACCAAGUCACGGUCUAGUAGCACUUACAACCUUCGUUAUCCCAUCGAGCAUGGUCAGGUCGAGGACUGGGAUGCUAUGGAAAGGUAUUGGCAGCAGUGUGUGUUUAACUACCUGAGGUGCGAUCCAGAGGAUCAUUACUUUCUUCUCACCGAAAGCCCUCUCACUCCUCCUGAGAGCCGAGAGUACACUGGAGAGAUUCUGUUCGAGACUUUUAAUGUUCCCGGGCUUUACAUUGCUGUUAACUCGGUGCUUGCUCUUGCAGCUGGGUACACUACUUCCAAGUGUGAGAUGACAGGGGUUGUAGUUGAUGUCGGAGAUGGCGCGACUCGUGUUGUACCUGUUGCAGAAGGUUAUGUUAUUGGGAGCUGUAUCAGAACGGUUCCGAUUGCUGGCAAAGAUGUCACCCUCUUUAUCCAGCAACUCAUGCGUGAAAGAGGUGAGAAUAUACCACCGGAAGAUUCAUUUGAUGUUGCACGUAAAGUGAAGGAAAUGUACUGCUACACUUGUUCAGACAUCGUUAAGGAGUUUAACAAACACGACAAAGAGCCAGGAAAGUAUAUUAAACAAUGGAAAGGUGUUAAGCCAAAGACUGGUGCGCCAUACACUUGUGACGUGGGAUACGAACGUUUCCUUGGACCUGAGGUCUUCUUUAAUCCAGAGAUAUACAGCAAUGAUUUUACUUCUUCUUUACCGGCUGUGAUAGACAAAUGUAUCCAGUCUGCGCCAAUUGACACACGGAGAGCUUUAUAUAAGAACAUAGUAUUGUCUGGAGGUUCAACUAUGUUCAAAGAUUUCGGAAGAAGGUUACAAAGAGAUCUCAAAAAGAUUGUUGAUGCUCGUGUGCUAGCUAACAACGCACGUACCGGUGGUGAAAUCACGUCUCAACCUGUGGAGGUUAAUGUGGUGAGCCACCCUGUCCAGAGGUUUGCUGUUUGGUUUGGAGGCUCUGUGCUUUCGUCAACUCCCGAGUUUUUCGCGAGUUGCAGAACGAAAGAGGAGUAUGAGGAAUGUGGAGCAAGCAUAUGCCGUACUAAUCCGGUGUUCAAAGGGAUGUAUUAAAAACAAACUGAAGGUGCUUCAUAAAAAUAAUUCACCAGCAUCGUCUUAGAUCAAUGUGAAUGUUUGUCUGAAACACUCCACUUUAGAUUCUUGUAACCCAAACUAUUUUGGCUUUAGAGUGCAUGAGUUGAGUUCACACAAACAAUGUAAGCUAAGCUUGAUGUAGUAGAAGAAUUCGUAUCAA